AUGGGUUCACGGAGACAAGGCGUACGGGAAGGAAUUCCUAAUGUUAACUACGAGAGGGAACAGGAAACGUUUAUGGCUACCAUGAACGACGUGGCUGAAGUAGUGCGUGAAGCUGCUGUAGGAGCGGCUAGGGCUGUUGAACGUCUUGGAGUGAGAAAUGGGAAUGAUGAGAACAACUUAGGGCAUCCUGAAAGACCUAUGACCCUUGCGACCUUUCUGAAGGUUAAUCCGCCUAAGUUCAAGAGUACACUCGUUGCGACUGACGCUGAUAACUGGUUUCGAGGGAAUCCUGCUGACUUUAAAGAAUGGAAGUGCUUGAAGUUCGAAGGGGGCCUUCGUGAGGAUCUGAUAAGUUCAGUAGUCCCAUUGGAGAUACGAAAUUUUGCUGAGCUGGUUAAUAAGUGCAAGUUAGUGGGAGAAUGUGCUAAGAAGGUAACUGCCUCUAAAGCAAGUCGUCAAGGAUUUCCACCAAGGAACUACAAUAGCUAUAGUUGGCAACCACGAAGGACAAACUUCAAGUCCCCUGGUGUGCCACAACGAAGGAACCCACAAGCUGGUAACGCUCCUGCUCGCCCUACGAGUGGAAACGGAGGUAGACUAAGGCAGGAUAAUGGUAAACGACCCCAGCAGGCACAGGUGAAUACUACAUGUAGGCAGUGUGGGAAGGAUCAUGGGCAUAUGGUUAAGAACUGCCCAAAGAGGUUUACCCAGAAUCCAGCGCGAACCCAGCAACAAGGUCGAGUGUUUGCUAUGACUGCUGAUGAUGCUAUGCAAUCAGACGCCCUGAUCCAAGGUCAGUGUAUUGUCAAAGAUCGAUUUCUAACUGUACUGUAUGACUCGGGUGCAUCGCAUUCCUUUGUUUCUUUAACUAUUGCUCGUGAGUUGGGACUAGAUUUCUCUGAGUUGAACUUUGAUCUGAUUGUCCAUACACCUGCAUCCCAAAAUGUUUUGACUAGUUUAGUGUGCCUGCAAUAUCAUGUUUUCCUUGAUUGCUUUGAAAGAACUGCUGUUAUUCCGUCUGGUAGUUUAGAUAUUAAACCAUUUUUGUCAUAUACCUUAUAUCUGAAUUCUGUAAGAGUUACCUUAAACGGGAGUGAUUGUGAGGGGUACGUUCUGUUAGCGGCUAGCUCAAAUGACAGUGAAGUAAGCUUAGAACAAAUCCGAGUGGUGAAGGAAUUUCCUGAUGUUUUCCCAAUCCAAAUGGUGAAAGAAUUUCCUGAUGUUUUCUUGGACGACAUACCUGAGUUUCUUCCUCAGCAAGAGAUAAAAUUCAGCAUUGAUCUAGUACCUGGAAGCGAACCGAUUUUCAUAGCACCGUACCGGAUGUCACCAUUGCUUGCGGAGCUGAAGAAGCUAUGA